AUGAUUAUAAUGCAAGUACGAUUGAUUGAUGUCAUUCCACCUGGAGAAAAUCCAAAGAAACCUGGAAGUCCCCAUAAUGUUCGGCUAUAUUCAAUUGCUUUGAUGAGGUAUGGAGACAAUUUUGAUGGCAAAACCACCAGCUUGUGUGUGCGCUGUGCUGUUUAUUAUGAUCCUGACACUGCAAAGGAAGAUCCUUCUAAGCAAGGUGUUUGCAGCAACUUUUUGUGCAACUCCAAGCCUGGAGACAAAAUUAAGAUCACAGGGCCUUCUGGGAAGAUCAUGCUUUUGCCUGAGGAUGAUCCAAAUGCGACACAUAUAAUGAUUGCCACCGGCACUGGUGUAGCUCCAUUUAGGGGCUAUCUACGUCGAAUGUUUAUGGAGUCAGUUCCUAAAUUUAAGUUUGGUGGACUAGCCUGGCUCUUCCUCGGUGUUGCCAAUACCGAUAGUCUUCUGUAUGAUGACGAAUUCACCAAAUACCAUAAGGACUAUCCAGACAACUUCCGCUAUGAAAAGGCUCUCAACAGAGAGCAGAAGAACAGGAGCGGAAGCAAGAUGUAUGUUCAGGAUAAGACUGAGGAAUAUCGCGAUGAGAUCUUCAAACUUCUCGACAACGGGGCUCACAUUUACUUCUGUGGUCUAAAGGGGAUGAUGCCUGGAAUCCAAGAUACCCUGAAGAAGGUUGCAGAGCAAAGAGGAGAAAAUUGGGAAGAUAAGCUUUCACAACUUAAGAAGAACAAACAAUGGCAUGUCGAAGUCUACUGAUAAUUCUGCAUUGCAGAAUAAACACAUGCUUGCAUUUAUUUACCUUAA